GUAAGGAAAGCCACCCGGAUGGGAUUGGAACGGCAGGCGGAAAGGAUCGUCGUCAUGGUAGAAGUGAGGGAGGAGGCCCCAGAACGACUGGGAGCUUCACGGUCAACUAUGAUGGACACUUUAGAAGAAGAAAACUUCGCGCUGGCCAUUUCUUCCGCUUCUGAUGCAGAAUUUGAUGCCGUAGUUGGAUGUAUAGAGGACAUUAUCAUGGAUGGCGAGUUCCAAUUAUUACAGAGAAGCUUCAUGGAAAAGUACUACCAAGAGUUCGAAGAUACAGAAGAAAACAAACUCAUCUAUACUCCUAUUUUUAAUGAAUAUAUCUCUUUGGUCGAAAAAUAUAUUGAAGAACAGCUGCUUGAGAGGAUUCCUGGGUUUAACAUGGCCACUUUCACUACAACAUUACAACAGCAUAAAGAUGAAGUAGCGGGUGAUAUAUUUGACAUGCUGCUCACAUUUACGGAUUUCUUGGCCUUCAAAGAAAUGUUUUUGGACUACAGAGCUGAAAAAGAAGGCCGAAGUCUGGACUUAAGCAGUGGUUUAGUGGUGACAUCAUUAUGCAAGUCAUCUUCCAUACCUGCUUCCCAGAACAAUUUACGACAUUAGUUCAAAUUCUCUGGAUGAGAGUUUAUCAUCUUGGACAUUCCAAACUUGAAAGAUGGUGAGUGACCACAACGUGAUCAAUGACCAACAUGCUCAGUGAUUGGGGAAUACAGCUGGAAAAGACUGACCUUGUUUUGGUGCUUUUAAUUAAUGUUAAGUGUACAGUGAUCAUAAAGAACCCUGCUGGAAUAUUAUAGGCUUCUCAUGAAAUAUCCCCGUUAGCCCUGGUGCACCAGCCAAAGUGGCCUCAGCCCCGGGUUGCUUCUGACCGGGAAAGAGGACACGUGUGCAUGUGUGUGUACGUGUGUACACAUUCGUAUAUACACUUCAGGAUGAAAUUAUAUUGCCCAUUUCAGCUAUUGCUCCCUUUCAGUAUAUUGUGGGAGAGGAACCCAGGAUGAGUGUUAUCAGCAUGUUUCCUUUAAAUCAAAAAAUAUUACGACUUAAGUUCUCCAUCCUAAACAUGGACAGAUUUUCCUCACACCUCUUUGUGGCACAAGGCUGUCUUUGGCUGGUACAUAUGUCAACCCAAGGAAUCCUACUCCUAUAUUUUGUUAUAUCUUUUUGUGUUCAUCUAGGGACAGUUAUUCAAGCCCAGCUCAUUUUCUUAGGGAUUUAUGAAGUUGAUGUUUUAACUUUCUUUUCACUGUGGUAGGAACAUUGGGAGGAACACCAGUUUGGCUGGGAGUCCUCCGAACUAAAAUAUAUAAACCAACUCAUAGUCUCAGGUUUGUAAAAAUCUUGUGACCUCAGCAUGACCUUGUGCUGGUCCUUAUAGCAGCAGUCUUAUUAUGUCUAGCCAAAGCACCCUUUGAGAAUCUACUAACAGUGUACAUUGUAGUAGCAAAUUCUAAGAUCUGAUAAAUUUGGUUUGGACACUUCAUGAAUGUCCAGUUAGGAAGAAGGCUAAGUAUUAUGUUAUAAAGCUUUUUAGGUUUAAAGUAUUCUUGGGUGAUAAGUUAUCUUACAUUAUUAAUUCCAUUUUGUCAAAGACCCUACAGGUUAUAUACAGACAUCUGAUUUAUAUUGAAAAAACAGGGACUGAAACAUGUGCUUUUUUCAUAAUGCUCCCAUGGUUAGUGUAAAUCUGUUAAAGGGCUCUGUGUCAGAGAUCAUUUUUUCCUUCAAAAAGUGUGUAACUCCCAACCUUGUUAAUAUUCUCUCCUCUUAAAACCUUUCCUCCCAAGAUGGUGUUCCACUGACCCACACGAGUGAAUAAGAGGAGGAAAUGGGCAAAGGCUUGAAUUAUCAUCUCUGCUUUUUUCAGAUUACGAAGAUGUUUAGUUUCUCUAAUAACUGUUAAGGUACUGAUAAAUGUAUGUGUCAAAACACUUUGGAGGGAAGAAAAGACAGGUGGCUGGCUGACUUUCAAUUGAAAACUAUUGAAUUUUAAUUUAACUGUUCCAGUUUUAAGGCACGGACUGAAGAUUGCUUCUUUUUAAAAUACAGGUGCAAAUGCAUAUACAUAUGUCAUGUAUUGAGGAACAUGGGUUGGUUUGGGGUCUUUGGGUUUGUUUUUUUUUACUAGAAGUGUAAUCUGACAUACUUAUCCAGAACAUCAUCAGACACUCAGAUAUUAAAGAUCAUUCUUUCUUUAA